CAAAAGUGUCAAACGAACAAUUUCACAAGAAAUGAACUGAAACGAAUUUUUAAUAUUUAAAGCUCAAUGAAAUCAGAUUAAUUCGAAUUGAUUGAAUUAAUCCUUUAUAUAUGAUCACCUCUAUCUAUAUUCAAGUUUGUUACUAUUUAGAUGGCGUUUCCACAGCCUAAUGCACAAAGAGAAUUGACGAAUAGGAAGAUUCUGGAAGAGCUCCAGUUGAAGAAACAAAUGCUUCUAAAGCAAGGAGCUGUUGCCCCUCUCACUGCUACAUCUAUCUCGUUAUCGCAGCCGAGCCCCGUCAGCCAGCUGCCUAUGUGCUCUAUCCCACCAGUAUCUGCUACUGCUGGCUUUCCACAACUCCCCGAAGCAAACAUAGUGAAUACAAGCCAUCGUGCAGCUUUGCAACACGCAAACGCAACGUCUUGCGGUUUCUUCGUCUCUCAAGAUUCCUCAUUCGGAAAUCAAAUACUGCCAGUACUACCUCGGUUUGAUAACAAGUGA